UAUUCCGGAUUGUGAAGGCUUGCCUUUGAGGCUGCUUUGUGAAUCGGUAUUGUUUCCAUCUCCUUUUGGUUUCCGUUGGAGAUGAGGAUACGUGUUCUUGACAGAAAAGAGAAGCGACAGUGAUGUAGCGUUACUUUUCGACACUGAGGUCAGAGUUCUUUGUUUUACGGUUCGUCCGGCAUCCCCAUGAACCACGACGGACAUGCUAGCAAACCUGUCGGUAGUAUGGAUCCCUCAACUUUUACAGAUUGGCACCUAUUGCUUUCCGGGUACAUUAGCUCCGCGUCCCCGACCAUGGCGGCUGGAUCGCGAGGUUCGAUGGGCGGAGGUAGUUGCGGUGGCGGAGGCGAAGUUGCAUCGACUAGAAAACGGCAAGCCGAUUGCUGAAGAAUCGCGAAGCGGCAAAAGAAUGUCGUCGCAAAAAGAAGGAAACACCUCGAGGUCUAGCAGCAGUGUUGCAGGAUUCCCCGUCGUAAUUCAUGAUGGUUCUCGGGUCAUUACUCUCCGCUUUCCAAUUCUAGGAAAGCAGCUGAGGAUACACGAACAUCAGGCUGUAUUGGAAGCUUAUUUGGAACAAUCAUAA